UUAUCGAUCGCAUAUAAAAGUAAUCGGUCGCGGCGUCUCCUCCACAAACGACGUACAACUUGCGCCGAAGUCAUAUAGGUGAAACAGAAGGAAGAAAAGCGAUUACAUAUCGACAUUUUGGACGACUCUUACCUAAACGUUUCUCUAUUUUAACAAUUUAACGUCCGUGAAAUGGACACGACGGCGAACAAGCUGAGUUACAAGGCGUACUUGAUAAGCGAGGAUCCAUGGACCUGCACGGAAGUGCGCAGAUUCGGCAUUGACACCGAUAUCGUGACAAAUUUCGUGUAUCUGCGCGAGAAGCUGCAGACCAUCUUCCCGGAUCUGCGGGGUAAGAGAUUCAGUAUCACCUGGAAAGAUGAUGAAAAUGAAACUGUUACCAUAUCUACCGAUGAGGAAUUAGAGAUUGCACUGAAAGAGAUGUCUAAAAAUAUGAUCUGUAAAUUGUAUGUCAUGCUACAAUCAGAGCGAGAGGCAAUAGACGUGUCAAAGAUAGAAAAAAUAUCACAUCCUGGUGUAAUAUGUGAUGUGUGUGAUAAGGAUAUACAUGGUUUUCGUUUCAAAUGCAUGCAAUGUCCAGAUUAUGACUUAUGUACCGACUGCAUGACACUUGGCAAUCAUGCAGAUCAUUACAUGGUUCGUAUGACUCAGCCAAUCGAAUGGUCAAACUAUCACGGACGUCGUCUUGCUCAUCAUGUACGUAAGUUUGUGAAGAAGGCGUCGCAUCAUUGCAAAGAAGAUGAGCGUAAGUGCCCCAAAAACAAGACCAAACGAGGUAGCUGUCCAGUGUUCAACACAGAUGGUAAAUUUGAUCUUAUUGAUCAAUCUGUUAUAAAUUCAUUGGAGAAUUUUAUAGUAGACAUUUGUGCUGGUCCAUCAGACGAAAAUCACGAGCGGAAGCGGAAUAAGGAACAGCACAGGGAACCAUCUGCUGAGGCUGCAACUGAGGCAACAGAAGAUUCGCAACAGGAAGCAACAAGGCACUCUUUCUCGCAGCUACUGAAAAUCGUCGAGGACAACAUCUCCAACAUUUCACAAUUUCUAGAUCCACUCGGCAUCAACGUCACUGUAAUGGCUGAUAAUGAUUCCUCUAAUAAAAAGCCUGCAGACACCACUCAGAAAACUAAUGCACAAAAGCCCGAGACCCGUGCAUCAACAUCCUCAGAGGAUUCCGCCAAGAAGUUCCCUGGUGAAGGAAAGAAACUACGUGACGAUCCAGUAAGUACCGCAGCUGCUCCUUUGGAUAACACACAAAAGGAUUCAGCAACAGCUGCAGUGCUAACACCUACAGUUGCAUCAGCAGCAGCAAACUCUGCUGAACAAGCAGCUGAAGCCGAGGAAUGGACGAUGAUACAACGUGAUAGUCCCAGUAUUAGCCGCACUUCCUCUACUUCUUCGAAUGGAAAUGUGCCUAAGCAGACUACACCAUCCGCGCCGACAGCACCUAUGGCAGAGCCAGAAAAAUCGUCAAAUCAGAGAAUCUACCCAUCCUUACCUGAAGAAGUAAAACACGAGUUGUUUCAUCCAAACCCCAAGAUUCAACGCGCCGUAGAAGCGAUGAUAGCAAUGGGAUUCACCAACGAGGGUUCAUGGCUUACUCAUUUGUUAGUUGCACAAAAUGGUGACAUCGACAAGGCGUUGGAUGUAAUACAUCCGGUACGCCGCCAUUAGGAAGGAUGGGGCCAAAAUUUUAGUUAACGAUAGUUUACGUAUAAUUAAUGUUAAAAAUAACAGUUGACAUAAAGUCUGUUCUUUUUAGCUAAAAUUCUUGC